AUGAAUCUUUUCACCUUAACCUUUACAUUUAGAAUAGUAUUUCUCAAUUUCAUUACACGUGCUGAAUUGAAAGAAUCUUAUUUUAACGAGUCCACAUUCAGGUACAAAAAACUAUCACAAUUAUUCAUGGAGGAAGAGUUUCUACCAUCUUUCAAACAAAGAAAAAUAGAAUUGAUUUUGAAAGAACACAACGAAUACAGAGAUCUUCACAGUGUUCCAAGACUUGAACUAGAUCGUAAUAUAACGUACGAAGCGGAAACAUGGGCCGAACUAUUAACUAGUCUUCAGAGUGAUGCAGUUGAUAACCAUCUUGGGUAUGGAGAAAAUAUCUGGAUCAAAGAAACGGAAGAUAUUGAAUUAUUCAUGAAAGCUGAACAUUUAAAUCCAGUUCGAAUUUGGUACAGUCGAAUUGUAAAUUACUCGGGACCUUUUGAUGCACCUAAAAAUACCAGGAGUUUCACACAAUUGGUUUGGAAAUCUAGUAAAAAACUCGGCGUUGGGUUCACGUAUAGUGCAUUGGUUCUUUACGUCGUUUGCUUUUACGAUCCUCCUGGUAAUCUUAUCGAUAAGAAUAAAUACAUCACUGCUGCAUGGUUUCACGGAAAUGUUUCACCGCCGAAAAAUUCAACAAUUCAAUGGUCUCAUGUACCACGUGGAGAAACAUCGUGGGUACCGGUUGUUAUUAUUUUGAUUGUUUUAAUCUCAAUGUUUGUAACCGAAUAA